CGGCCGCCGCAGCCUUGCGCGUCCGCAGCACACCUGUCAAGCCUGGCGCGCCCCCUGCCCGCACGCGCUCGGUCUACGCAGCUCGGGACGCGGGCGGCCCAGGCUGCCAGGUCCCCCUGCUCCGCGGCGCCGAGGGCUGGGCUGCGUCUGCGGCCGCGUGGGUGGCCGCGGUCUUGGCAGGUGGCUGCGCGCGGGGGUCGCAGACAUGCUGCUGCUGAAGAAACACACCGAGGACAUCAGCAGCAUCUACGAGAUCCGCGAGAGGCUCGGCUCGGGUGCCUUCUCCGAGGUGGUGCUGGCCCAGGAGCGGGGCUCCACACACCUCGUGGCCCUCAAGUGUAUCCCCAAGAAGGCCCUCCGGGGCAAGGAGGCCCUGGUGGAGAACGAGAUCGCAGUACUCCGUAGGAUCAGUCACCCCAACAUCGUCGCUCUGGAGGAGGUCCACGAGAGCCCUUCCCACCUCUACCUGGCCAUGGAACUGGUGACGGGUGGAGAGCUGUUUGACCGCAUCAUGGAGCGCGGCUCCUACAGAGAGAAGGAUGCCAGCCAUCUGGUGGGUCAGGUCCUUGGCGCCGUCUCCUACCUGCACAGCCUGGGGAUCGUGCACCGGGACCUCAAGCCCGAAAACCUCCUGUAUGCCACGCCCUUUGAGGACUCGAAGAUCAUGGUCCCUGACUUUGGACUCUCCAAAAUCCAGGCUGGCAACAUGCUAGGCACCGCCUGUGGGACCCCUGGAUAUGUGGCCCCAGAGCUCUUGGAGCAGAAACCCUAUGGGAAGGCCGUAGAUGUGUGGGCCCUGGGCGUCAUCUCCUACAUCCUGGUGGGACAGCUGGAUGAUUCAUCUGUGGGGGCGUGUGGGUACCCCCCCUUCUACGACGAGAGCGAUGCUGAGCUCUUCAGCCAGAUCCUGAGAGCCAGCUAUGAGUUUGACUCUCCUUUCUGGCAUGACAUCUCAGACUCAGCCAAAGACUUCAUCCGGCACCUUCUGGAGCGAGACCCCCAGAAGAGGUUCACCUGCCAACAGGCCUUGCAGCAUCUUUGGAUCUCUGGGGACACAGCCUUCGACAGGGACAUCUUAGGCUCUGUCAGUGAGCAGAUCCAGAAGAACUUUGCUCGGACGCACUGGAAGCGAGCCUUCAAUGCCACCUCGUUCCUGCGCCACAUCCGGAAGCUGGGGCAGAGCCCAGAGGGCAAGGGGGCCUCUGAGCAGAGCAUGGCCCGCCACAGCCACUCAGGCCCCCGUUCUGGCCAGCCCCCCAAGUGGUGAUGCCCAGGCAGAUGCCGAGGCCAAGUGGACUGACCCCCAGAUUUCCUUCCCUUGGAUGCUUUCGGUCCCCUCCCCCAACCCCUCCCCCUGGGGCUGGCCUCUGCUGGAGUUUGAGAUUCGAGGGUGUGGCGCAUGGCGCUGGGGUUGGAAUGGGGCACCCCCAAGUCUGUCCCCAGGCUCUGCCCUGCCUGGGGGCAGUGGUUCCCCUCCCCUGUUGCCUCUCCCGCCCCUGCCCCCCGCCCCUCCAAAAGCCCAGGAGGUGCUGGCAGGCGGGCCUCAGGGGCUGUCUUUCCUGCACGGCUGUUGUGUGCUUCGCUGAGUGUGGGUGGUCCUGCUUGUGUCAUGGUCAUGGCCUUCCAGCCUCCUCCAGUUUUCCCCAAACCAAUAAAGAAAGAUACAGCAA